AUGAGGACUCACGAGGACCUUUGCCGACAGGCAAGGCCCGCACCGCAAGUGGCGAACUCACGAGAUGUUUGUUUCAAUCUUGCUGAACUCCUCGCACGAAGCCCCCUUCCAAAGGUCCUCGUCGCGGACACCCCUGCCGAAUCUGGCAAUUCCCUACUUCGAAGGAACGUAACACGAUAUUUAAUCUUGCCAAAAAGGAAGGCCAGCCCAAAACCCCCCCCGAAUCCCAUGUGGAACAACAGGUUUCGUGCAGAAGAUUUUAGGGGCUCACGAUAUGCUGCUUAUACCUAG